UGGAUUGCACACACUGAUUGCACCAUAGAGAUUAUAAAUAACACUGUUAUUUAUAAUCUCUAUGGAUUGCACAACAAGUUAGACUUUAGUUUCAGUCCCCCUUUCCACAGUCCGCGGCCCGCUGAUUACAAUCUAGCGCUUUAUAUAAAACUAAAUGUGUUAUGGUUAUAUUAUAACCUCGUGGUUAUAAACCUUUCUUUAAAAUAUUUUCAAGAACAUUUCGUAGUUUGUAAAUAGGGAUAAAUAUCGGAAGGGAUAUCUGAAAGGAAUAUAUAUCUCAAAAUGACAGAAAACGAAGAUAGGAUACAUGCCCAGGUCAUUGUUAUUGGUGGAGGAAUGGCAGGCCUGGCUGCAUGCGAAAAUCUUGUCCAAUCAGGUCUCAAUGUUAUUCUUGUGGAAGCCAAUAACUACUUGGGUGGAAGAGUGAGACAAAUUGAGAAUCAUGGUUUUCCUCCAGUGGACAUGGGUGGUGAAAUUAUUCAUGGUUGUUAUACCAAAGUAUAUCAACUGGCAGAAGAGAAUAAAUGGGAUAUGGAAAUGUUAUUUGAUUAUGAAGCUGAGAAUGGCUUAGAGUGGAUUUACUUUGAUGGUAAAAUGUAUCCGUACCAUUCAAACCAACCCGACAUUCUGGCAGCGUACAUGGCGUGGGGGGAUUUUGUUUACAGCAAUAAGCCCGGGGGUGAUGCGGCAAAGAAUGACAUGACAGCGACAGAAUACUUCGCCAGACAUCCCAAGAUCGAGAGGAAAUCACAACAUGUUUUUGAUGUGGUGUUCUGUCAAACAGAAGCGGCAAAUUUGGACUCGUUUGGAGCGCAGGAACACAGCGACUUUCAGAACGGUUGGGAGUGCGGACCAGGAAAUUUUAGAUUAAAGAACUCUCAUAAACAAGUAAUUCAACACUACGUCAAAAGAUGCGAGGGGGUUGAGAUAAAACUGGACUGGCAGGCAAAGGAGAUUGAUUACGAGGCUGACACGGUCAUCGUAACUAAUCACAAUGGAAGUAAACUAAAAUCACAAGCAGUAAUCCUUUGUGUUCCAUUGACUGUUUUAAAAGACCAGGACAUCAAUUUUAAACCUCGACUUCCCGAGGACAAACGGUUAGCAAUUGAAAAGCUUCAAAUGUUCACUGGAUUGAAGAUAGUUUGUCGUUUCAAGGAGCGAUUUUGGCCCGAAAACAUGAAGUUGGUGUUCAACUGUGUGUCCGACAUUUGUCAGUUGUGGAUGUACGAUGUCUUGAAUGAGGAGACUGGUGAUCAAUACUAUGUUGUAACUGGAUUUCAAACUGCUGAGUAUGCAAGACUGAAGGCUCAUAUGACUGGAGAUGAAGUGAAGGGCAUACUACUUCGAGAUUUGGAUGAAAUGUUUAGAUCCAGCGAGAACCAGACUCCAGCGACCAGUUCUUUCAUCGACUACGUCUACUUCCACUGGUAUUCGAACCCCUUCAUACGUGGCGCAUACAGUUCACCGUCGGUUCACGCGCGUGGAUCGCGCGAGAUUCUCGCGAAACCCGUGUCUGAUCGCGUCUUCUUUGCAGGUGAGGCGACGCGCGGUUCGGGGGACUGUGCGACAAUCAGUGGAGCGCUAGAAAGCGGCAUUAAGGCGGCCGAAGAUGUGAAAAAGAUUUUGAAAUGAAAACGAAUGUAAUAAAAAAUAAUAAAACCCAGAUACACAUAUUUAUUUAUAAAUAAAUACAUGUCUACAUUAUUACUAAGUUUCUGUGUUUUUUGUAAAAAUAAAAGAUCAGUCUGGACAAAUUUAGGACCGUGCUAGAAUUCGUCCGGUUCAGGUGUUCACACGAUAAAAAUGGAUGAAAAUUUGACCAGUUCUACGAGUUCACACGAG